UGCUCGCAGAGAAGCUGAAAAACAACAUAUAAACAUUACCAGAGAACGAAGACUCCGAAAGAAGCAGAGAAAAAUGGGAAGCAGACUGGGAAGAAGAGUGGUGAACUUCGCGAACCUUCCAAUAAAGCUUCUGAUGCCGAAAACCUUCACAAACAUCACAGAAAUCUCCCUCAAGACCAUCCCGUCCGCAUCCAAGAUUGAGAUCAAGCGCGUCCUCGAGUCUCUCUACGGCUUCGAGGUCGAGAAGGUCCAAACCCUAAACAUGGAGGGCAAGAAGAAGAAGCGCGGCGGAUUGCUCAUGGCCAGGCCCGACUACAAGAAGGCCUACGUCACUCUCAAGAAUCCGCUCUCCAUUUCGCCGGAUCUGUUCCCGAUCAGAGUAAUCGAGGAGGAGAAGAAGAUGGCGGCGAACAAGAAGCAGGCAAAGCCGAGCGUCGUCGAGGAAGGCGAGUCGAAGAGGCAUUGGCUCGACGGGAGAGAGCCUCGGAACGCUAAGCCCGAGAGAGCUUCGUUUGGUCGCAGCGAUGGCGGAGCCAAAUUUCCUUGGAGCAGUAUGAGGCCUGCUUCUGUCAGUGCUCGGUAGAUUAAUGAGGCAAGAAAAUCUGUUUUACCAGGAGGGUUCUUUUCUUUCCAAGCUAUCACAAAUAGUGGUGAUGAACUUGGAGGGCA